AUGAGAAUCAGAACUUUCCUGCUUUAUGCCAUAUCACUUGCUUCAAUGGCAGUAGCAGAUAUGCAUACUUGUAACAACGCAGGAUCGAAGCCUGGAACAUUUGUUUCAGGCAGAUGCAUUAGCUAUGAUGACCAGGCUAAAGAAGUCAAUCACCCGGACUUGACCAAGUCUUGCUGUCAACCUCCUCACGGCACAUCAUAUGACGAUGGCCCUGGAGAAUUUUGUUGCAUGACGGAUGAUACAGAAAAUUUUAAAUUUCAAGACAAUUGUUGUUCAGAUAGUGGUAGAAGAAAGGGCGUUGUGUUUGCUCAAUAUCCGUACCCUUUCUACUGA